GGGCGGGCGCCCGCGAUGUGCCACUCGGCGCCUCCCCCGCCGGGCCCGGGCUACGCGGCGGCGGGGCGGCCCUAGGAGCCGGGCGAGCGGCGCGGAGGGGGCGAGCCCGGCGUGCGAGUCUCAUUGUUGUGGGGGGGGGCCCGUCGGGGCAUGAGGGCGAGAGCACGGCGGGGGGGGCGGCCAGACAGAGCGAGCGAGGAGGAGGAGGAGGAGGACGCGGAGGAGGAGGAAGGAGGAGGCAAAGAAAAGAAGCGGCGGCGGCGGAGGAAGAGGAGGAGGGGGCGAGGAGGCGCGCGGCCCCCCGCUCCCUCCCUCCCCCCUGACCCCCGACCCCCGCCGGCCGGCCCCCCGCCCCAGCCCCGGAGGGAGCUCAUGGGAGUAUGAAGGAGAUGGUAGGAGGCUGCUGCGUAUGUUCGGACGAGAGGGGCUGGGCCGAGAACCCGCUGGUCUACUGCGAUGGGCACGCGUGCAGCGUGGCCGUCCACCAAGCUUGCUAUGGCAUCGUUCAGGUGCCAACGGGACCCUGGUUCUGCCGGAAAUGUGAAUCUCAGGAGCGAGCAGCCAGGGUGAGGUGUGAGCUGUGCCCACACAAAGACGGGGCAUUGAAGAGGACUGAUAAUGGAGGCUGGGCACACGUGGUGUGUGCCCUCUACAUCCCCGAGGUGCAAUUUGCCAACGUGCUCACCAUGGAGCCCAUCGUGCUGCAGUACGUGCCUCAUGAUCGCUUCAACAAGACCUGUUACAUCUGCGAGGAGCAGGGCCGGGAGAGCAAGGCGGCCUCGGGAGCCUGCAUGACCUGUAACCGCCAUGGAUGUCGACAAGCUUUCCAUGUCACCUGUGCCCAAAUGGCAGGCUUGCUGUGUGAGGAAGAAGUGCUGGAGGUGGACAAUGUCAAGUACUGCGGCUACUGCAAAUACCACUUCAGCAAGAUGAAGACAUCCCGGCACAGCAGCGGGGGAGGCGGAGGAGGCGCUGGAGGAGGAGGCGGCAGCAUGGGGGGAGGUGGCAGUGGUUUCAUCUCUGGGAGGAGAAGCCGGUCAGUGUCACCAUCUACGCAGCAGGAGAAGCACCCCACCCACCACGAGAGGGGCCAGAAGAAGGUAGAAGCCCUCCCCCACCUGCCAUCAUUCCCACACGGGGACUCGGAGAUUCACAAACAUGGCUCAAGAAGCCAUCAUGAGAGUCGAAAGGACAAAGAACGCCUUAAGCAGAAGCACAAGAAGCGGCCUGAGUCGCCCCCCAGCAUCCUCACCCCGCCCGUGGUCCCCACUGCUGACAAGGUCUCCUCCUCGGCUUCCUCUUCCUCCCACCACGAGGCCAGCACGCAGGAGACCUCUGAGAGCAGCAGGGACUCAAAGGGGAAAAAGUCUUCCAGCCAUAGCCUGAGUCAUAAAGGGAAGAAACUGAGCAGUGGGAAAGGUGUGAGCAGUUUUACCUCCGCUUCCUCCUCUUCCUCCUCCUCUUCCUCCUCCUCUGGGGGGCCCUUCCAGCCUGCAGUCUCGUCCCUGCAGAGCUCCCCUGACUUCUCUGCAUUCCCCAAGCUGGAGCAGCCAGAGGAGGACAAGUACUCCAAGCCCACAGCCCCUGCCCCUUCAGCCCCUCCUUCUCCCUCAGCCCCCGAGCCCCCCAAAGCUGACCUUUUUGAGCAGAAGGUGGUCUUGUCUGGCUUCGGGCCCAUCAUGCGCUUCUCCACCACCACCUCCAGUUCAGGCCGGGCCCGGGCGCCCUCCCCUGGGGACUAUAAGUCUCCCCACGUCACGGGGUCUGGGGCCUCGGCAGGCACCCACAAACGGAUGCCCGCACUGAGUGCCACCCCUGUGCCUGCUGAUGAGACCCCUGAGACAGGCCUGAAGGAGAAGAAGCACAAAGCCAGCAAGAGGAGCCGCCACGGGCCAGGCCGUCCCAAGGGCAGCCGGAACAAGGAGGGCACUGGGGGCCCAGCUGCCCCAUCUUUGCCCAGUGCCCAGCUGGCUGGCUUUACCGCCACUGCUGCCUCACCCUUCUCUGGAGGUUCCCUGGUCAGCUCCGGCCUGGGAGGUCUGGCCUCCCGAAACUUUGGGCCUUCUGGGAGCUUGCCCAGCCUGAGCCUGGAGUCCCCCUUACUAGGGGCAGGCAUCUACACCAGUAAUAAGGACCCCAUCUCCCACAGUGGCGGGAUGCUGCGGGCUGUCUGCAGCACCCCUCUCUCCUCCAGCCUCCUGGGGCCCCCAGGGACCUCAGCCCUGCCCCGCCUCAGCCGCUCCCCAUUCACCAGCACCCUCCCCUCCUCCUCUGCUUCUAUCUCCACCACUCAGGUGUUUUCUCUGGCUGGCUCUACCUUUAGCCUCCCUUCUACCCACAUCUUUGGAACCCCCAUGGGUGCCGUUAACCCCCUCCUCGCCCAAGCUGAGAGCAGCCACACAGAGCCAGACCUGGAGGACUGCAGCUUCCGGUGUCGGGGGACCUCCCCUCAGGAGAGUCUGUCUUCCAUGUCCCCUAUCAGCAGCCUCCCCGCACUCUUCGACCAGACAGCCUCUGCGCCCUGUGGGGGCGGCCAGUUAGACCCGGCGGCCCCAGGGACGACUAACAUGGAGCAGCUUCUGGAGAAGCAGGGCGACGGGGAGGCCGGCGUCAACAUCGUGGAGAUGCUGAAGGCGCUGCACGCGCUGCAGAAGGAGAACCAGCGGCUGCAAGAGCAGAUCCUGAGCCUGACGGCCAAAAAGGAGCGGCUGCAGAUUCUCAACGUGCAGCUCUCUGUGCCCUUCCCUGCCCUGCCUGCUGCCCUGCCUGCCGCCAACGGCCCUGUCCCUGGGCCCUAUGGCCUGCCUCCCCAAGCCGGCAGCAGCGACUCCUUGAGCACCAGCAAGAGCCCUCCGGGAAAGAGCAGCCUCGGCCUGGACAACUCGCUGUCCACUUCUUCUGAGGACCCACACUCAGGCUGCCCGAGCCGCAGCAGCUCGUCGCUGUCCUUCCACAGCACGCCCCCACCGCUGCCCCUGCUCCAGCAGAGCCCUGCCACUCUGCCUCUGGCCCUGCCUGGGGCCCCUGCCCCACUCCCGCCCCAGCCGCAGAACGGGUUGGGCCGGGCACCCGGGGCAGCGGGGCUGGGGGCCAUGCCCAUGGCUGAGGGGCUGUUGGGGGGGCUGGCAGGCAGUGGGGGCCUGCCCCUCAAUGGGCUCCUUGGGGGGUUGAAUGGGGCCGCUGCCCCCAACCCCGCAAGCUUGAGCCAGGCUGGCGGGGCCCCCACGCUGCAGCUGCCAGGCUGUCUCAACAGCCUUACGGAGCAGCAGAGACAUCUCCUUCAGCAGCAAGAGCAGCAGCUCCAGCAACUCCAGCAGCUCCUGGCCUCCCCGCAGCUGACCCCGGAACACCAGACUGUUGUCUACCAGAUGAUCCAGCAGAUCCAGCAGAAACGGGAGCUGCAGCGCCUGCAGAUGGCUGGGGGCUCCCAGCUGCCCAUGGCCAGCCUGCUGGCAGGAAGCUCCACCCCGCUGCUGUCUGCGGGCACCCCUGGCCUGCUUCCCACAGCGUCUGCUCCACCCCUGCUGCCCGCCGGAGCCCUAGUGGCUCCCUCGCUUGGCAACAACACAAGUCUCAUGGCCGCAGCAGCUGCAGCUGCAGCAGUGGCAGCAGCAGGCGGACCUCCAGUCCUCACUGCCCAGACCAACCCCUUCCUCAGCCUGUCGGGAGCAGACGGCAGUGGCGGUGGCCCCAAAGGAGGGACCGUUGACAAAGGAGCCUCAGCCAACCAGGAAAAAGGCUAAAUCCACCCUCACCCCACCUGACCCCCCAAGUGGAGGGAACAGAUCCUAGCCUGAGGGGUCCUAGCCUGGAGCAGGCACCUGCGCCCAGACCCUGGAGAGCCUUGACCCAGAGCCUGUGCUGAGGUCCAGGAGGUGUGGGGAGCUCCUGGUGUUGAGGACUGAGACUGAGAGGGGAGCCCUCUCCAUCUGGCCCCCUUCCCUUUACGCACUGUCCGCUUUGUGAGGCUCAGAGGAAGGACAGUCUGCAAGCCAGCCUAGGAGGUCCACCUCCAGCAAAUGUUUUGGAGGUCCCCCCCGAGAGCAGAGUGGGCCAUGGCAGAAGUAGGGGGUUGGUUGGACCUGUCACAUGAAAUGGAUCAGCACUUGAAUGGGGAGAAGUGGAGGGAGAGGCCCUGGGCCUGUCCCUGCGGGGAAAUCUUUUAUGGAAGAAGGGCUGGACCCACUUUACCUGCAGUUUCUUCCCAGCUCGGGCAGAUGGCAGAAGGGACCCCUUGGACUUUUUCUCGCCAUCCCUCCCCCCAGCGCAGGGGCACAAGCUGAGCUUGUAAAAGCCCACAGAUGUCGGAGGCUGGAGAAGGGGCAGGAGAGCAUCACACUCAGCCCCAGCCUCCUCAACCUCUUGGGGCCCCGUGAUGGGGAGGAGAGGGCAGGUGCAGGGAGGCUCCGGCUUUCCUUGGUGCCCCGCCCUUUGUUUGCACUAUUGGACUUAGGAGUGCCGAGGGUGGGGAGAUGGAGCUGCCCGACUCAGUGUGUGAGUGUAUGUGUGCGUGCAUGUGUGUGUGGUGUGUGUGUAUGUGUCUGUCUUCCUGUCUCUCUCCCCCUGGACCCAGGGCAGCCAAGGGCAAGGAUAGGCGCAGUGGUCAGAUGAAGCAGCGCCAGAGAGGGGACCUCCCAGCUCUUAUUUGUACCCUCCUCACCUCACCAACUUUGGUCCCUCUCUGGGGGCAUGAAUGGUUAACAAACACCAGAGCAGUACUCCAAUAUUGGAGAGUCACUGGGGGCACAGGGCUUUGAAUCAGGGUAAUAUCCUGCCUUCCCUACCCUGACUCCACAUGGUCUCAGGGCCCCCUUAGGGCCCCCUACCCCACUGAUAGCUUCCUCCUCCUUCUCUGGCACAAGGGGAGCCCCAGGGCUUGGGGGAGGGGGUAAGGUGGGGGGAAACGCCACUGCUUUUAGCAAAAGCCUCCCUCCCAGAAUUAGCCAGCUUGCCUCCUGCACCCCACCCCCACCAACCAGGGGAGCCACUAAGCUAACAACUGUCCCCUCACCCACCAGCUAUUUCCCCAGGGUAGAGUGGGCAAUUCUCACCUUCAAAGAGUCCCCGCCUGCCCAGGCCUUUGGCACAGAGGCUGAGUGGACAGUCAGGAGAGAGGCAAGAGGCAAGGCGAAGCCUGUGUCCCUGUUUCAGUUGCACUGGGGUUGGAGCCCAGGGUAGGGGUUUCCAGCUUCCCCAGGUUCCGGCCUUGUCAGUCUCUUUGCAUGUGUGGAUUUUUCUGUGUGUGUUUCUGUUUGGGUUUUUGUUGUUGGGUUUUUUUUUUUUUAAUAAAGAAAAGAAGAUGUGUAUAUUUUUGGCAAAGACAGAAA